GGAGGGCGGGAAACGUACAAUCCUAUACAGUCUAUGGUACAACCCCUGUAAGUUACGGUGGGAAAUUAAUGCGCAUUGAAUUAGCAUUGUACGGUACUAAACGGCACUAAAAGCUAUAUCACAUUCUUUUUUAUCGAAAGCCAAAAAAGCCACAUUUAAGGUGAGAUAAAAGCUCAUUUUAACCAACAAUUGGAAUAAUUAUGUUAAUAGCAAGACAAGUUUUUUUCCCCUUAGGGGAACGCCCCCAACUUAAAGAGUUUGAAUGUACGACGCCCUUGAAAGCAGCAGCUGUGUCGCUGUUUCUACCGUUGCUUAGACCCAGGUACCUAAAGCUUGUCAAACAUGUGUGUUUUUAUGUUUUUGUCUUUGUAAUUAUCAAUUUUUGCAAACAAAAUGACAAACUCCCCUUUACCAGCUCACUCGACACCGAGUGUUUGAAAGCUGACAGGCACUGCUCCGUUUUGACGAAGCUAAAAAGUCCGCGGGGAAGUUCCCUAGGAAAUCCCCCAAGACCGUUCGGGGAUAUUAUUCUCGACACUGAUGCGCCAAAUCUCCGGCAGAAUUUACCUUCUCAGUGUAUUUCUGCAAGACACUGAGCAGGAGCAGAGGCGUCAAAUGCUGGAUUAUUAAAAGGCUGAUCCAUCUGUCAACCCUUCGAAGUCUGCAAUGGAAAACGCGAGUAUAAACACGGAAAAAGACAAAAUGCGGAGUUACAGCGUGUUGAAUACUCUAUAUCAUGAGACGCGGCAGGAAAUCGAGCUUCUCAACAAACAAAUCUGUGUAAAAGACAAUAUUAUCGCCGAUUUAAAGAACAGAUUGGGGAGACAUGAGAGGAUCUACAUGCCGUUGGGAGAUAAAGAGUCUAUGGUCAUCGGUCCGUCCAACUCUUUGGUGGAGAGCUUGCUCAAAGAAAUUUGCAAAUUAAAACAGAAGAGGGACGAAAUGGAGUUCAAGGCAUCCCGACAGGCAGAGGAGAUCCAGAGGCUGAAUGUGAAGCUCAGAGAGUUGGAACUAGAGCUGGGGAGUGUCAGGUGUCAGCCAGACCACGAGAAAGACCAGGAGAUUCAGAGGCUGCGGUCAGCCUUGGAGGAGAGGGAGCGGGCCGAAGCCACCAGGACCGUCCUCUGCACAUCCCUGGCCGAGGAGGCCGACAAGCUGCGCAGCCAGCUUAGGGCAACUGUUAAGGUUUGCCAGGAGCUGCUGGCCAGACUGGAGAGAGAGAAGAAGGGGGUAGGACAGGUGGAGGAGGUGGCUGAGCAGCAAAACGCUAUGGAGACACCAGAGUCCUCAGACAUGAGUGCUAUAAAAGCUCAAGUUUGUCAGCUUCAGGAGGAGAAUCAACAGCUAAAGCAGCGUGUGGCUUAUGUACAAAGUCUGAAUACUCAGUGGCAAAAGUAUGACUCCAGCAGAGAAGACUACAUCCGAGGUUUGUGUCAGAGGCUGAAGGAGAGCACAGGGCAGGGCUUGAUGCCUAUGAUGGGCUGUGUUAGUACAGGAUUGCUUCAGCAAGAGAUUUCCAGGCUCAACGCCCUACUGGAGGAGAAAAUAACAGAGUGCGCAAGACUGGACAGAGAAGUUGUCGAAAUUAAGAGACAAGGCAAAGAACGAAUCCAAACACUGGAGCAGCAGGUUCUCAUCUACACGGAUGACUUUAAGUCAGAACGAGCUGACAGAGAACGAGCACAGGGUCAGCUUGAAGACCUGAAGGAGCAGAUUUCUCAGUUAAAACAGCAACUACACAAGCAGGGAGCAAGCAGAGAAAGCAGAGAAAGCAGAGAUGUGAUUCCCAUGUGUCGUGUGCACAUAGGACACAGGAUCUCCACAAGGCGAAGUAAGGACACUUCAGAGCCUCUGGUGAGGACCCCUGCUGAGAGACAGCAGCAGCCUACUGCUGCAGCAGCAGCAGCAACACCGAACUCAGCUUGGAAUGAAUACCCGGGUGUGUCAGAGCUACAGUGCCCGCAGUGCCUCGCCAAGUUCAACGACACAGAGGCUGCAGAAUACCUUAACCACUGUGAAGAGUGCGCCAGGCUAUAAACUAUUAGGAAAAAACAAGUUAACCCUUGCAGUUGUUGAACACUGAAGACCAGCACUACAAUGCAGAAAAUAACCUGGGUGGAGAUUCCAAUGCGGAGAUGCUUGACUACAAAUGAAACAACUUAAUGUGUUUUUUAGACAUAUUGACGCAAAACCCAAAGUUCCCCUCUUGGAAGAGAAACUAGUUCAUUUAGCCUUUCUGAGUCUUGAUGAGCACCCAGUGUCAUCUUCUGAAAGUUGUCCUGUGGCAUCGCAGGAGUUUAUUGCGGUGGUAGAAAGGAAGCCAAUGCAAUAUUCAAAUAUUAUAUACCUCAGUGUGUCAAAUAACAAACCCAUUGCACUUUCUUGACAUUUGGCAAACUAAUCGUAGGAUGUUACGAUUAAAAGAUUAUUAAUGCAUAAGCUUCUUGUUUUUCAUCUAGAUACCUAGUUUUUCAUGUGGUGCUAUUAGUUUUUCAUUUAACUUUACUAUUUCUGUUUAAUAAAAUAUAUAUUCUACAUGACAGAAUUAAAACUAUAUAGUUAUAUUGAUAUUUAUCUAACUGGAAAGGGCUAAUCUUUUUAGUGUAAUGUGCAAUGAGAUGCCUUUUUUCCAGCUAAGCCAUACUUUGUUUAGGUUUUUUUGUAUAACACAUUAAUUACAUAACAGAAAUAAAAUGUUUUAGACUUACUUUUUAAAAGAAAAUAUGUAAAAACUGCAUCAAAACUGACAAUAUUCUUUAUUUUAAAUUUUUUAUUCAUGGAGAUGUGCUGUUAUUCUGGAGGCGGUGCGUUAUUUUUGUAAUAAAAGACUGAUAACCCAUA